AUGAGGUUUGCAUGCAUCACGUUGCUUCUCGUCUCCUGCAGUGUCUCGCUGCUCCACGUCAACGAAGCGAAUCAGGCUGAGCAACUAAUAAGGCUGACUGAAUCCAAGAGAUCGACAUGGUCAGAUCAACCUGACCCAUGGCUCGAUCUCGACGCCGCCGACUCGGCCUCCUCGCCGGUCUACGUCGGCCCUCAGAAUGGGCUGAGGGACGCCGAUAAGAUCACAGCAUUGCCGGGGCAACCCGGCGGCGUUGACUUCGAUCAGUAUGCAGGGCACGUGACGGUUGACCCGAAGAAGGGGAGGGCACUGUUCUACUACUUCGUCGAGUCCCCUCACAGGUCUUCGUCCAAGCCUCUCGUCUUGUGGCUUAAUGGAGGGCCAGGGUGCUCCUCUCUGGCAUACGGAGCCAUGGAAGAACUCGGCCCUUUCAGAGUCAAAAGCGAUGGCAAAACGCUCGAAAGAAAUCCUUAUGCUUGGAAUGAAGUGGCCAAUGUGCUCUUCUUGGAAUCCCCAGCAGGGGUUGGCUUCUCGUACUCGAAUACUACCACAGAUUAUGAUCAAAGCGGAGACAAGAGGACCGCGGAAGAUACAUUCACCUUUCUGCUAAACUGGCUGGAGAGAUUCCCCCACUACAAGAAUCGCAAGUUCUUCAUCGCCGGGGAGAGUUACGCCGGCCACUACGUCCCCCAACUCGCCUCGCUCAUACUGCACCGCAACAAGCUCGCCAACCGGACUCUCAUCAACCUCAGUGCCAUUGCAAUUGGGAACGCUUAUGUUGAUGAAGUAACCAACAGCGAAGCAAGGUACGAGUUUUUGUGGAGUCACGCACUAAUAUCCGAUGAGACAUUUGCUAGAACUCGUCGAUUCUGCAACUUCUCUGCCAUCAUAAACGAAGAGUGCAACAAAGCUACAGCUGCUGUUGCUGCAGAGACCGGAAACAUCGAUCCUUACAAUGUCUAUGCUCCCGUUUGCGUUGGCUCCAACAGUUCUUCCGAGUCUGGCGUAGCGAUGGCCGACAUAGAUCCCUGCUCGGAUAAUUACGUGGAGGCGUACCUGAACGAUCCUGAGGUGCAAAAGGCUCUUCAUGCGAAUGUUACCAAGAUUGAUGGACCAUGGAGUUCUUGCACUGAUCUCCCUUGGAAUGACAGUCCUACGAGCACAUUGCCGGUCAUGAAGCAGCUCGUCAACAGUGGGUUGAGGGUGUGGCUGUUCAGUGGUGAUACCGAUAUGGUAUGCCCGUACAAAGGCACGUUUAAGGCGAUCAAAAUCAUGAAGUUGCCGAUCAAGAACCCAUGGCGUGCGUGGUAUUCCGACAAACAGGUAGGAGGCUAUGUCGUUGGUUAUGGAGGACUGACGCUUGUUACGGUAAAGGGAGCAGGGCACAUGGUUCCGACCUACCAACCUGAGCGAGCAUUGUUGAUGUUCUCCAGUUUCCUCCGUGGAAAGCUCCCACCAGCUUCCUAA